AUGGCGAGCUAUCUCGACGAUCAAAGCCAGCCGCAGAUCAACUUCGAUAUCCCACCUUCGCAUUUCGAACAAAAUCCCACAAACCAGAAUCCUGGGCAAGCCGCUACGGAUUCCAAUAAUGGCGACACCAGCUACGUUCCUCGCCCAAAGCGCAUUGCGUGCGCUGUCUGUCGGCGGAGGAAACUCAGAUGCGAUGGGAGAAAGCCCAGCUGCGGGACUUGCUCGCGUCUAGGCCAUGAAUGCACAUAUGAUGAGGCGCGGAAGAAGAGUGGCCCGAAGAGAGGUUAUGUGAAGCAGUUGGAGGCCAGGUUAGCCCAGGUUGAGACGUUAUUGAAAACCCAGGAACCCAGUACCACUGCGCCCCCAAAUCAAGAACAAAACUUUUCCAUCAGUAUGCCAAACGAACCUCCCGGUGCCGGCCUGCAUGUGAUGGAAACCAGCAUCCACAACUCAAUGAAUUCAAUGUCUCCGGUAGAAGGCCAGCAAGUGACUGAGCUGCCCCCAUCAUUUACACCAGAGGGAGUUGAUGCAACAAGUAGCUUCGGAUGGGAUAUGAUUAGUUUGGGGCUGGAGGAACCUUUUCCGGCUCGUGAGGUUAUUGAAGAGCUGAACCAAAUCUAUUUCGAGAAGACCCAUGCCUUUAUGCCAGUAAUACACCGUCCUCGGUAUAUGGCCACCAUGAAUUUCGCUCCUAAUUCACGACCUCCAGCAUGCCUGCAAUACAUCGUUUGGGCCCAUGCAGCGGCUGUCAGCGAAAAAUACUCCAACCUGCAUGCACUCUUUUACCAGCGUGCUCGGAAGUACGCUGAGUUGGAUCAAAUGAAAGGCCUUGGGGAAAGUAUCCUCAGUUUAGCUCAUUGUCAGACAUGGCUACUCAUCGGUUGCUACGAGUAUAAGAUGAUGUUCUUCCCUAGGGCAUGGUUAAGCGCUGGGUCAGCUUCUAGACUAGCCGUUAUGCUUGGGUUGCAUCGUCUAGAUGGCGAGGGUCUCGAGGUUAAGCAGUGCUUACCACCAGCGAGAGAUUGGACGGAGACGGAAGAGCGACGGAGGGUUUUCUGGAUGACGUUUUGUGUUGACAGAUAUGCAAGCAUUGGAACUGGGUGGCCCACUUGCAUAGAUGAGCGAGAUAUCUUAACAAACCUCCCUGCGAGUGAAGAAGCAUUUGUCAGUGGCAAAUUAGAGCAGACCUCGCGCCUAAGUGACAUUUUAGUGGGCGAGGAUCUGUCCACCUUAUCGCCCUUCGGAAGUGUCGCAUUUGUCUCGUGCCUGCUGGGCCGAAACUUAACGCAUCUGCAUCGUCCUGAAGCCCAGGACAACGACAACGAUCUCAACGGAGUUUUCUGGCAGCGUCAUAGGUCCCAUGAUAAUAUUUUACUUCACUUCGCGCUGUCGAUGCCGAGCCACUUGCGGCUCCCUGCUGGAAUGGGCGAUGCGAACGUUCUAUUUUGCAACCUUGCUGUCCACACGUCCACGAUAUGUCUCCACCAAGCGGCGAUAUUCAAAGCUGAGAAAAACCGCAUGCCGGAACAGAUUAUACUGGAAAGCAAACGAAGGUGUAUUGUCGCGGCAGACCAAAUAUCAAGCAUCAUGAAAAUGGUUAGCUCAAUGGACAUGAGCAAAAUGAACCCUUUUAUUUCAUUUUGUGUUUAUGUCGCUGCUCGUGUCUUUGUACAAUAUCUAAAGUUCCGACCUGAUGAUACGGCCGCCCGCUCUUCGUUGCAAUUUGUCUUCGUCGUCCUCGACGCUCUGAAGAAUCAGAACCCUCUCACCGAGUCCUUCCUCUGUCAGCUAGAAGUCGACAUCGAAGGAACUCCAUUCCAAGAUAUCCGGCUACCGUCGACUGGACAGCAGCAGGCUCGAAGAUCUUUUUUUGCGGGCCAUACAUAUGGAGAGACCGCGCCAAAUGCUGGGACACUCCACCGUUCACUCGCCGCAGGUAAAGCAUGCAGCGGAGGCAAUGCUCAAUCAUGGGACCCAAAUUCGAAACCUGAUAACCGGGCUAACCUUCCUGCUUGUCUUCCCGCCCGCCCACGGCCCCAGCCCUCCCGACAGCCAACCUCCACGUCGGCUUCGACAGUACCACCCUUGAGCUCGUUUAGCAACCUGCCGGGCUUCAGCAAAGCCACGUUUAACCCUAGCGAAGACACCACAGGCACAGGCAUCCUCUUCGACAUCGAACCUCCUUCUCGCUUCCACGACGUAACGAAUUCCGCCCAAGAAAGCUCCACUCCAUCAACCAUGAAUUCCUCGUCUAACACAUCAUUCAUGAGGACCGACAACUCCUCAUCCCCCAAACACUCCAAACCUUCGUCACAAUCACAAGAUACCCCAGUUCAAGACUCAGCAACAGCAACAGCAACAGGAGGAUUUGAUGCAACAAGCCUGAACCAGUUCAUCGAAUCCUCAAAUCAAAACCCCAACACCAAUAAUAACGCAUUAUACUCUAUGGGAUCAAUGAAUCCAUCCGCCGCCGCCGAAAGGUCACAGCAGAAUAUGCCUUCCACUUGGGACUUCCCCAUUAAUGUUACCGGAGAUCCUAACGACCCCAAUACCGAGACCAUCGAUCUGAUGACAACAGAUAUAGAUGGGUUCAGUGGUGCUCAAUGGGCUCAUAUCAUGGGCUCUGGGGGUUGGAAUCCUUGA